AUGGACGAGUCCAACUUGAAGCUGGUGCGCGCGGCGGAGCUCAAGCACUGCCGCGUGGCGAUGCUGGCGACCGUGGGGUGGUUGUGGACCGCGACGGGCACCCACUUCGAGGGGAUGCUCUCCACCUCGUCCGGCGUCUCGUUCGCCGACGUCGCCGCUGCUGGCCCGCUGCUCGGAGCCGCGAAGGUGCCCGCCGCAGGCAUCUGGCAGAUGAUUGCAGCCAUCGGCGCGCUUGAGGUGUACUGGGAGAACAAGUACCCGGCCGCCGAGUGCGGCGGCGACUUCGGCGUGCCGCGCGUGACCCAGGACCCGGCAAAGUUCAAGGAGGCGCGCCGCUGC